AUUAAUGAUUUUUCCUGAACUUGUAUAGUUACAAAGUGUAUUUUAUCAACAACAACUCGCACUCACAAAGCUGAACAAUGUGCAGUGAUUCACUGCGAGGGCUGGUGAUGGAUGCGGUGGAGUGAGUGGUGUAGCUGUCCGUUACUGAGAUGUGGGGCUCAGGCUACAUUCGGUCUGCACGGUACUUUGUCAAAUUUUCAUGGGGUUGGACUGUGGGCCUGCUUCUUCCUUUUAUUUUUACCUCAAACUACUUUGUCCAACGAGAUGUUUUGUAUGCAUUACGGCGCAUAACUUCAUGUGUGGUAGGCACUGUUGUUUGGUUUCUCAGCACACGGAUCUUUCACAUUGUUGAAAAUUUCACAGGCGAAUGCUUUGAAUCCCAAAAUAUGACCGUUCUCCAUGAAUUUGAAAAUAAGCAUGCUUGCAGCAAACAAGGCCAUUUAUGGAUUGGCUUCGACAUCUCUGGGCACUCCUUCUUGUUGUCAUACUGUGUACUGAUGAUAAUAGAAGAAACAGCAAUCAUGAAUGAACUUCACAAAGUGGAACAAAAGCCGGGAAAGGCCACCUCCACUAUCAUUAAGUCACUGUUUAUUGCUUUGAAUGCAUUGUUUCUGUUGUGGAUUUGGAUGUUCUUCUGCACUGCAGUAUAUUUUCACGAUCUACCUCAAAAGAUUAUCGGAACUAUUUUUGGAAUUUCUGCCUGGUAUUUAACGUACAAGCUUUGGUACAAGAAACGGUUUUCUCCUGGACUGCCACCGGAAAUUGGGAACAAAAAUGAGUAAAAGAUCAGAGGUAUUCAAGUACAAAAAACAAAAUUCUUACUGACUACAGACAAUUAAGAAAAACUACCACAUUGUGCAAGCUCCAAGCAUUAGAAUUCUAAUUUGUAUUUUCUUAAUACACUUAUAAUGUGUUCAAGCAAUCUGUAUUCUCCAUACGUGUACCUGGAUGAGUUAAUGAACAGUAUGAGAGCAGAAGCCAGGACAAAUAUGGAAUGUCAUUAGAAAAAGGUGUAACUAAAAUUGGCUUCCACAUAAGAAUGCUAAUAAUGAAUAAACUGAAUAUGGGUUUAAAAAAUUGUACGUGUUUGGGACAUUUUUGGAUUUUUUUGUUUACUCAAUCCCUCUGCAAUAUGUAUGUGCCUUGCUGAGGUGGAUUGAAUUUCAUAGGUUGUAGAAAAUAGUCUGGUAUAAAAACUAAAAUCUAUCCGUAUGAAUUUGAUUGCUGGGUCAAGUAUUUUAAAGGGCAAUAUUUUGAUGUCAUACCUGCAGUUCACAAUAUAUCUGCAUAUGUUUACCCAAUUAUAUAAUUAGAGGAAUUCUGUUUGCUCUUGCAGGAGAUGCUGGCUUGUACUCUGCUUCUUGAUUAGAUUGUUAGGGGAACAUGCACAAAAUUGUAUCUUUCUGGUUUGGCCAGUGCACAAACUGCUAAGCUUUCAGUACAACUGCAGUACUUAGCUUUAGCUUUAAAACAUUUGUCAAGAAAAUCGGCCCAAUAAGUUGAUGAAAAAUUCAGUGACAUAGUGUUAGCUGUUUAAAAUGUGCAUUUUUUCAGUACUUCCAAUGUGUUAAAUGCAGAACCCUGUUUAAAACUUAAUAAUCUACACCAAAUUAUGCAGUAUAAGGAUUGCAAGAGUAUUAUUUACUUAGUUCUUGCAUCGGCUCAUGCAGUUUUAGGGUUAACCAAAAAGUGCAUUAAGGAUGUUGCUUCACUGGAGCGGAAAUGAUGCUAAACCUGUGACUCCAUGUCUUUAAUGCCACAGAAGGAGGCAAUUUGGCCCAUUGUCAUUGCCAGGCCCCAGAGGAGGAAUCUCAUUAGUCUUGCCCCAACAACUUACUAUUUCUUGUAUACAAUAAGGGCUAAUUAACUGCCAGGACAUCAUUGGGAUGUGUGAGGAAACCCAUGUAGUCACAAAGAGAGCAUGCAAACUCCAUACAGGCAGCACUGGAGGUUAGGAUUGAACCUGGGUCCCUGGAGUUGUGAGGUAUCAGCAUUAACUCGUGCAACACCAUAUCGCAACCGUCCUAAACUACUUGGAAUACUGCUAAAAAUUGUACCUUCGAAAGAGUAUGUCCAUUUAUUUUUGGUGUCACCAGUAACAAGUUUGCUUUCCAAUAUUGCUAAUGUCUGGUGGUUUUAAGUUAUUCCUUGUAUCUAAAGUUAAUAUUUAUAAUUAAGUCUAUAAAAAUAUUGGCCUGGAACUUCCUGGGAGCAGUGAGCUUGAAUGAAUCCUCUGCAAAGAAUUUCCUUUAUGAAGCUGCAUUUGAUCUAAUCAGCACAGCUGUGCAAAUUACAAUGCCUUCCAGUGAUAACUCUCUCAGGACCACUUUGGCUGGGUAGUUCAUACCUUCAGGAGGAACUGGCAGUUAAAUCUGUCCCAGAAAUAAUCAAACCCUAUUUAAAAAUUAGGCACAGUACUAAUUUUUUUUUAAAGAUUGUAAAUACAGAUUUAAACACUCGAAGAUGUUUGUUCAAUACUCAUUUCAAAGAAAAAUCCUGUGCUCUGUCCCUUCCACACAGUUGUUCUCUGAUAUUGCUGGUUCAUCCUGGUUUGAGUUCAGUGGUCAGGCAUUCUACUAUAAUUGUCAGGACUGCAAGAAGUACGUGCUCAAUGACUGGACUAGACUCAAGAGCCAUUGUUGGAGUGCAAUUGGAAAGAUGGCAGCAAGCCCUCUUGGGAAGUUAAGAUCUUCUGCUUUCAUGCAUGUGUGCCUGGGAGUCCUGAAUUUCAUGAUGGUCAGCUGGGGAAAUGCCAGUAGUUCCAUGUGAAACUGCUGUCAUUUCCAAGGAAAGUGUAGGGAAAGGUGCAUCGCAUUCUUAAUGAUUUAGAUGUUGAAAGCAAAUUCAGGAAGGUAGUAUAUCUAUACACUGUGCAUAUGUUAUAUUGAGAAAGAUUGUAUGUUUUCAGUUCUUGACAGUACUAUGGACAACGAAGGAAAACAUUGAGGAAUCUUGCAUUGGAACAAUGUUAUAAGUUGAAGGUGCAGUAUGUAAAUACGGAUUUUCCACUGUUUCUGUUAACUCUUAUAGCUUGUUUUUGUACGAAAAUGGUGUUUAUUUGAUUUUCAGUUCUGUCAUUUGUUUGAAAGAAAUUUAAGUUUUUAUGAGAUGGAGACUGACACUGUUGUGUAGAUGGUGGUAGAUGGUGCUAUAAUGUUUCAGCCAUACAUUAAACUCUUCAGAAACAUACUUUUAAAAUUACAUUGAUUGACUAUAAUUGUGUAUAAUAGUUUAAGAAUUUGGCAUUGCUUUUAUUAUGUGAGUAACAUUUAAAAUCUUAACAGGUUUUAUGCAAGUAAAACUGACUGAAAUGUAACAUUAUACUAUGUCCUGUUUAGACUACUUGUAAAAUCUUUGACCUGUUUGCUUUGCAGUAUGAAACACAUGAGAUAAACAACAUGUAAUUGUAACAGUUUUGCAUGUUCAAAAUACUGUAUCUAAAUAUGGAGUCAAAAUAUUAAAUUAUAUUGAGUUCCAUAUUGCUUUUCAGUUCAUUUGAGAAGAGUUCAAAUUUUUGGAAGCUCUUUCAACUAUACACAAGAACUCCAAAUUCUGGUUUUGUGCAUACCUGACUACUUUCACCCAUCUGUUGCCUAUUUGUGCUAUUGCCCUUCUGGUUCCCAUAUUCUGGCAUUUCCACCCCUGACCUCUCCUCUCCUUUGACACCUUUUAAACUACAUCUUUGGCCAAGCUUUUAGUCACUCAUUCUGGUAUCUCCUCGUUUGCCUCUGUUAGCGUUUUGACUUGUGUUGCUGUAAGAAUGCCUUUGAUAUUUUUCUAUGUUAACAAUAUCUAAAAAUAUUGUUGCUGGGCAGCUGAAAUGAAGAAUGCUGAAGGUUGUUAUAACUCAUAAACAUAUUUAAAGAAGACCUUACUUAGAAAAAUUGUGCUGCAUAAGCUUUUAUAAAUGGAAAAGCAACAUAAUAGUCCAAAAGCAAAAUACCACACUUGCUGCAAAUCUGACAAACUCAGCAGGUCAGGCAGCACCUGUGAAAGUUUCAGGUCAGUGACUUUCAUCAGUCUUGUUUUUAGUUCAGAAUUAAUGGUGCCCAGACAUAUUUUGAUCCAGUAGGUUUCUGUGUGUACAGCAUCUUAAAAUUGACUAUUUUGCCAUUGUUUUUCAUCUUGAGUGUAUUGGUUCAUAUUAACUUGGAGCUGUUAACCUAUCUGCUCAUUCUAUUUAACCUGUCUGUAUCAAAAUCUUUUACAGUUCUCCUCACUGUGGUAAAUUUUGAUGAAAGAUGUCAAUGAGUUUAACUUUGUCCAAGCAUUCAUCCUCUUUGAACAGUGCUAACUUCUGAGAUAGAGCAUUUGGAACUUAUUUCCAAUCAAACUAACACUCAUUUACCCUAAGCUAUUGACUUCCUGGUUGUCGAGCAAUUUUCUGUCCGUGCUACUACAUUUCUAAUGCAGUAAAGCUGAAUUCUUCCAAAAAGCAUCUGUGACUUCUUUUGAAUCAUACACCAGUGUAAUCAUCCAUAUAUUGGAUGUGGUUCCAAUGCCCACCUAGUUCUUGAACUCUGGCAUUUCUAUCCCUGAUCUCUCUAGUUACUUUCAUACUUGAGUUGUUUCUUAUACACAGCUAUAAAUCUGACAAACAUAUCUUGCCUUUUCACAAUCAAUACAGGCUGAAUUUUAGAUUUGCUUUUUAUAAAAUAUUCACAAUUUUAUGAUUUCAAAUUUAAGGAGACAGAGUUUGUCUAAUUUACAGGCUAACUGCAUCAUGUGAUUUAUUUU